AUGUUGUCUUAUAACUGGCCAGGCUUAAUUUUCCUGGCUCUUUUAUGGCAGGUUUCUUUGGGCACAAAAGUGUUAAAAUUCACCAAUGUCAAGUGCAUGGACUUGCCCACCUCAAGGGGCUUCACGAAAUAUGAAUAUUGCCGCCUGAAGGUGGUCCAUAGAAAUCAGGUGGAACUUUCCCUGAAGGUCAGCCUCAGGCAGCUUCCCAUUCGCAAUUUAACGGCGAGAUUGCAAUGCUUUCAAAGACGCGACGGCUAUCGUCCUUUUAUGUACAACAUUUUAUUUGAUUUCUGCAAAUUAAUGGCCAGCACGAAUUACCAAUUAUCCUUUGAACGAUUUAUUUUCGAUGCCAUCAGAAAACAGAGCAACUUUAAUCAAACUUGUCCUUGGAAAGAGAACCACAUGACGGUGGACAAGUUCGCUCUGGAUUUCAGCAAGAUCAAUAUGCCAGUGCCAGCGGGUACAUAUCGCUUGGAUUUCACCUUUUACGCCUACGGCAUUGCCCGUACAUUGACACAGGUGUUUUUCGAGAAGGGUGAAUAAUAAGACACAACGUCACAGAAUUGGUUUCUUAAUUUUAUUUCGUUCACAAAGCGACCUAGAUUGCAUAAGUUGAGAAAA